UAGCAAAGCAGAAAAGAUAUUAAUAAUAAUUGAGAGCUCAACCCUGAUCUGCUGUAUCGCACACAGAGAGACUACGCUCUCUGAGUUCCGAGCUCCGAACAGUCAGAGAGAGAGAGAGAGAGAGAGAGAGAGAGAGAGAUGGGGACCGAGAAGCGGCACCAGAUGAUGCAGAACCUGUUCGGCGAUCAAUCGGAGGAGGAGGAAGAGAUUGAUUCCGAGCACGAGUCUAAUCCUCCUCCCAAUUACGCCUCUGAUGAAGCAGAGGGUGGGCUGGAGCCUGAAGGCGAAAUUGAAGUGGAGGGGCCUGGGGAGGCUGAAGUAGAGAGUGAAGGUGAGUUGGUUGAAGUAGAACCUGAUCCGGGGGAAAGCGAGGGUGAAAGAGAUCAGAGUUCUCAAGAAGUAGAAGUCGGUGAUCAAAGAGAUGAAAUUGGAGGAAAAGAGACUGACAGUGAUGAAAAGGAAGAUUAUGGUCAAAGAGUGGUAACAAGCAAGAGACGCGAUGUGAUUGAAAGUGGAUCCGAGAGAUCCGAGGAAAACCAUUAUCCUGACAAUGACGAAGAGGAAGUUGAUCAGGGUAGAAGUCAAAGUGGAUCGCCUGGGGAAGGAAAAGAUCAGACCCAUGUUUCAAAUUCAGCCGUUCGUGAUGUUUUUGGUGAGUCUGAUGAUGAAGAAGAAGCUCCUGAGUAUGCAGCUCACAAUGACAUUGAGCAAGAUUUAAUUAACCCUAUGGAAGAGGAAGGGACCUACGGAAAGAGUCCAAGACCAGAGGAUUUAGUGCCUGAUGAAGAUGCUCGUUAUGAGUCAGAAGAGGAAAACAUUGAGUCUAGAAUUAAAGAGAAGCCUGUUGGUCCACCAUUGGAGCUAGAGAUUCCAUUACGUCCACCUCCAGCUCGUCCAGAGAGGAUGAACAUGAUUAAAGUUUCUAAUAUAAUGGGCAUUGACCAAAAACCAUUUGAUCCUAAAACAUUUGUGGAAGAGGAUAUUUUUGUGACAGAUGAAUCUGGAUCUAAGAAACGUAUACGCUUAGAGAACAAUAUUGUGCGCUGGAGGACUGUUAGAAAUCCAGAUGGCACAACAUCUCGUGAAAGCAAUACACGCUUUGUGAGAUGGUCAGACGGCAGUUUGCAGUUAUUAAUUGGGAAUGAAGUUCUUGACAUAUCCGUGCAAGAUGGACAACAUGAUCAAUCACAUCUUUUUCUUAGACACGGAAAGGGAAUUCUCCAAUCUCAAGGAAGGAUUUUAAAAAAGAUGAGGUUUAUGCCGUCAUCUUUGUCAUCAAAUUCUCAUAGACUGCUGACUGCUCUUGUUGACUCAAGGCAUAAAAAGGUUUAUAAGGUUAAGAACUGCAUCACUGACAUUGAUCCUGAGAGGGAAAAAGAGGAAAAAGAAAAGGCUGAAAGUCAAAACAUCAGAGCUAAUGUACUUCUUAAUCGGAAGAGGGAAAAAGUGAACCGGAAAUAUACCCCAAAUGUAGACAGGAGGCGCCAACUUUCUCCUGGGUUCUUGGAGGAUGCUCUUGAUGAGGAUGAUGAGACGGAUUAUUAUGAUUCAAGACGUUCUCGCCGCCGCUUUGAGGAAGAUUUGGAAGUUGAAGCUCGAGCUGAGAAACGCAUUCUAAAUGCUAAAAAGUCACAGGGACCAAAAGACAUCCCUCGCAAGUCAUCUCUGCCAACUGCUAAAUCUUCUCGACGCCCAGUGGAUUUCUCUGACAGUGAACGAGAGGAGUCUGAGUAUGAAAGUGAUGGGGAGGAAGACGAGAGGUCUCCCCCACGUAAAAGAGCUGAGGAGCCGGUGCAAGAGUAUGAAGAAGAGGAAGAAGAGGAAGAACAUGAUGAACAAGAGGCAGAAGUGAAUGAAGCAUCGGAGGAGGAAGAGGAGGAGGAAGCUGAGGAGCCAAAACAGAAGGGUAGGGAGUUUGGAGGCAGUCUCAAGCGCAAGGGGAUUGAGUCAGAUGAGGACUCUCCUCCAAGAAAGACUACAUCCCAUCGCCGAAUGGCAGUUGUUUAUGAUAGUGAUGAGGAAUGAAACUUGCUUCAGAAAAGAAUUCCAUAACUGAACACUUGAUAAUGAAUCAGAGAUGAACCACGUUUGCAAUUGGGGUUGGGAUAACCGUUGCAUAUUGUUGAUAAGACUGUUAGUUGUAGCAAAAGCAAAUGUUGGCUCCCGUUUUCCCCCAUUUUCAAAGUUUGUUAAUCUUAACGUGGCUGUGUAUAUGAAUAAGGAUUUGUAUUUUAUUAUGUAGGAGGAGAUGUUGUGAACUGAAUCAGUGUUCUCCAUCAUUUUUUCCCCUAAAUUAAUUCUGAAUUUUUUUUUUGAGUUAACUCUUACCAUUUGUAAUAACUACUAAAAUUAGUAAUGGGUACUUUGUGAUGGUCGAAGAAUAUUGUACAAGGCUUAUCGUUAUUUUUAUUA